AAGAAAAAAGUGCACUGUUUCGAUUUUAUCUUAUUAAAUUUGUAUUGCGAUUUAAUCCAGAAUCAAAGGUCGUGUCGCUUAAUUCCUCGUUAUUAAUAGAUAACAACAAAGUUUUAUCGCAAUUAACUAUCAAGUACUUUGCCCGCAAGAUGGGAAAUAAAUCGUCUUUGUUGCUGCGGGAAGAAGAAAUAGCACAAAUUCAAGAAGAGACUGGAUUUACUCCAAAUCAAAUAGAGCGUCUCUAUUCACGGUUUACGUCAUUGGAUAAGAAUGACUGUGGAACUUUGUCCCGCGAGGACUUUUUACGCAUUCCUGAGCUGGCCAUAAACCCUUUAAGUGAAAGAAUAGUGCACUCAUUCUUUGCGGAGAGUCAUGACGACCGUGUCAACUUCUUACAGUUUAUGAGAGUGCUAUCUCACUUUAGACCCAUCAGAAAGAACAGGGAAAACAGACUGAACAGUAGAGAAGAGAAGUUAAGAUUUGCAUUUUCCAUGUAUGAUUUGGACAAUGAUGGUAAAAUUUCAAGAGAUGAACUACUUGCAAUCCUACACAUGAUGGUUGGUGUGAACAUAAGUGAGGAGCAACUAUCAAGUAUUGCUGAACGCACAAUAAUCGAGGCAGACACAAAUAACGACCAAAUGAUUUCUUUCGAAGAGUUCUGCCGAGCCUUGGAGAGGACUGAUGUUGAGCAGAAAAUGUCCAUCCGAUUCCUAAAUUGACCCCCCAACUCCUGAACGGUCCUUGUUACCUAUGCCUUAGGACUUAUUCUUGCGGGUCUCAUCUAUGGGCUUAUAAACAAAGAAAUAACAUUGCA